GGUUUACACAGUGCAAGUUGACUUUUGAGUUGUUGAAUCAGUGUUAGAUUUAUAAUCGGGAAUUCGUAAAAUUAUUUACCGUUUCAUAUGUGUUACUGAGUUCAACUUUUUUGUAGGUCUCGGGUUGUGCGCCCAAGAUCGUCCUCUGGUGCUUGAAGAACGACUCUAAGGAUGAACGGAUCCAAGAGCGAGGUGGCGGCAUUCUUCGCUGGCCGCUCCUUGCUGGUCACUGGAGCAUCAGGCUUCAUGGGUAAAGUGUUGCUGGAGAAGCUCCUAUAUGCUUGCACCGACCUUCGUCAGAUCUUCAUCCUCAUCCGUCCCAAGAGGGGGAAGUCCGUCGAGGCUAGGAUGGAAGAAAUGUUCAAAUCUCCGCUUUUUCAUCGCAUUCGAGAUAACAAGCCAGAAGCCUUCAAGAAAAUUGUACCAAUAUUUGGAGACGUACUGCAAGAUAAUCUUGGACUUACGGAUGAAGCAAAACGUCGAAUCACUGAGGAGGUAUCAGUAGUGAUCCAUAGUGCUGCUACUCUUAAACUGGAGGCCAAACUGAAGGAUGCUGUGGAGAUGAAUGUAGUCGGAACUUACAGGGUGCUAGAACUAGCCAAGCAGAUCAAGAACUUAAAGGUUUUUGUCCAUGUAUCGACUGCAUUUUGUCAUGUGGAUGUGGAGGUGAUGGAAGAGAAGAUCUAUGACACACCUAUCUCUCCUUUGGACAUCAUGCGGAUGUGUGAAUGGAUGGACCAGGAGACAUUGGAUGUGAUACAACCUAGGGUAUUGCAUCCUCACCCCAACUCAUACACUUACUCAAAGAGGUUGGCAGAAGCUAUGGUAGACGAAUACUAUCCUGAUAUUCCAGCUUGCAUAGUCAGGCCCUCCAUUGUAACACCAUCAGUGAAGGAGCCAGUUCCAGGCUGGGUAGAUAACCUCAAUGGUCCUGUAGGUCUAUUGAUCGGAGGUGGUAAGGGAGUUAUCCGUACGAUGCAUUGCAAAGCAGAACUGCUAGCUCAGCUCAUACCUGUGGACUUUGCCAUCAACGGAAUAAUUGUUGUCACUGCAAAAGUUGGCAAAAUGACUGAAAGGACUAAAGACAUGCCUGUGUACAACCUGACCCAAGGCAAGACCGCCACUGUGUCGUGGGGCCGUGUGCUAGAGAUCGGACGAGAGAUCUUCUACAAGUAUCCCUUCUCUGUCAUGCUGUGGUACCCUGAUGGCAACAUUCGCAGCAGCAAACUAGUGCACGACAUCUACGCCAUUUUCUACCAUUGGAUCCCUGCCUACUUCAUUGAUGGACUUCUGUUCAUCUUUGGACAAAAACGAUUCAUGAUCCGUGUCCAGAACAAAGUGGCUGUAGGUUUAGAGGUUCUUCAGUACUUCACCACGAGACAAUGGAACUUCAAGAAUGACAAACUUCUAGCUCUAAGGGAUGAGUUGAAAGGCCCUGACAAAGAGACGUUUGCAAUGCCGUUCGAAGAUGUGCAGGAGGUGCCGUACAUGACGGACUGUAUGUUAGGAGCUCGCCAGUACCUGUGUAAGGAGGAUCCUGCCAACAUACCUCGGGCCAGGAGGAACCUCAUGCUAUUUUGGCUGUUGGACCGUUUUGCUGCUCUGCUCUUCUACUUGCUGAUAGCCUGGAUAAUCGUUUCAUCGUCUGACACAGUUCGAGGUAUGCUCGACUCUGUGCUGGAAAGUGUGUCAACAGUGCCUGUCUUUAGACGAUCCAUUGACAAAACCCCCGCAGAGUAAAAUGACACAACAUGAAAAAGGCGUUUGGAAUUGUUUUAUUUGAUGAACACGUGUUUUUGGCUUCCCGUAUGCUUAUUAUAACAUAACCAUUUGGGAUUAUACUGAUUGAAAUCUGGCACUGAAUUUAAGAAGCAAUUGUUUACUUUAAUUUAAAAUUAACUAUAGUUAUAAAUAAGUAUAUAGAUCCAAUCCUUGACAUUAAUUUUAAAGCAUAUUUUCUAGUGAUGGACGAGACUAGGACGAGACUAGAUUUUUCACUUUGAGACGAGACGAGAUUUUUUUAUUCCGGCGGGACGGGAUUUUUUUUUAGACGAGAUUUAAUGAAGUUAAAAAUAAAUUAAUAUCUACUUUUUAGGUUCAGAAAUACAUACUUUCAAGUUUUAAAAACUUGACAAAAAAUAGACAAAAAUAUUUAAAAUCUUUUAUUGAAAACAUUAAUAAAAACAUCAUUAUAUAAAAAAAAUAUUAACAAGGCCUAACUUAUUAAAAAUAACUCUUCGGCAUAGGAAACAUGGAGAUAUCAGUUAGUAUACAGGGUGGUAAAAAA